AUGUACCGGCGCUGGGCGGCGAUUUUGUUCUUGCUGAUCGAGUCGGGCCGCGCCUUCUCCUCGCCGCUCCAGAAAAGGCCGGUGCUCCUCUCGCGGGGGCGCUCGUGCGCGGAAGCUGGCCUGGCGUCGAUCCCAAAGGGCGACGCUUCCUGUCGCACCGCCGCAGAGCUCCUGGCCAACUCGACUGGCACCAGUCUGACGUGGCGAAAGCAGCCUGGUGACGAGCCCCGCCCGCGCGAGUGUUCGAUUCAGAACGCCGCUAGGUAUGUGAGGCUGCACAGUGGCAGCGAACUAGCCGCUGUCUUCUCCGGGGACGUGCAUUCGAAGCAAAAGUGCUCAGACAGGUUCAAGUGCGUCUGCCUGCGGCGGGGGAAGAGCGCCGAAACCUGCCUGGUGAAACCUUUGCCGUGGCCGCUCAAUCUGACAACGGUCAUGAACCACCUCCCAAGGACUCAGGCCAAGACGAUCGUUGACGCCAGGAGCGGGCUCACUUGCAAAGACUUCCCCGUGCCCCAGAUCCUAGAGGGCGAGCUGACUGGCCGGGCCCUCUCUCGUGGGCUGGACAUCCUGACAGACGCCAUGUCCCUUGACGAAGCCACUAAAGAUGCCACUUUCGUGCUGUUCCUUGCCCGCCCAAGGUCUGGACACACUCUUAUCGGCUCGCUCAUUGACGCGCACCCAAAUGCGCUCGUGGCAAACGAGCGAGACAUCUUCGAAUUCUUCCGCGUACUUCGCAAGAAGGCGGCAUCGGAGCCAUCGACCCCGAAGAGGCGUGCAGAUUGGAUGCGAAAGCAGCUCUUCAUGCGGCUAGUCGACAACUCGGUAUCAUGCGGCAUACUCGGGCGUUAUCAGACCGGCCACCUGUAUUCAGUGCCAGGCGCAUGGUCAGGUCAGUGGCGGUGUCGCAUCGACGUGAUCGGAGACAAGAAGGGUGCACAUCUGGUGAACUUUUUCGCGUCCAGAGAUUCUGACCUCAGGGAGUUUGAGGAGUUUGUGGACGCGCUCCAGGUGAAGGCGCUCAAAGUCGUUACUGUUCUGAUCGCAGCACUUCGUGUUGGCCAGUCGAGAAAUUGA